AUGUCCUCCCAGAGGCCCGCGGAUAUAUUCCGCACCCUCCCAGUGGAGCUCAUGAUCGAAAUUCUGCAGUAUAUCGAUGAUUUCUAUAGCGUCGUGAGCCUGACCAAAGCCUCACCACACGCCGAAUCUGUAUGCGCGACAUACGCCCUCCCAAUCCUAAAUCGCCUCACGAAGUGGCACUCUCUUUUCCACUGCCCAUACAGCUACCGCAGUCAAUGCGUCCCAAUGCCUAUUCGUGGAAUAUUCCGCUGCCUCGCUCUCAUGCUGAGUGAACCACCAUCCAAUAUCGAAUCUGUGAAGCGCCAUUUUCAAUACACGCAAGACUGCCCCUGGAGCGUGGUCCCAAUUCCACUCUGCCCGAAGAGAGCUGCCAAAGUAGCAUUUGAACUUAUUCGCAUCGCUGGUCGUAUUCAGCGUCUUGCAUGCAUGUGUCUUCUCACCAUGGUCGGCAGCCUGCACUGUGCAGUUUCCAGUUCCAAACUUCUCGGUCCGGAUCGUGCGACACAAUUUAUCCCCUUCAGCUGGGUCGAAGAAUACAGAGUCUAUCAAGCACUCUGGAAUCUGCAGCUUUAUUCCACAUACCUCCAUUAUACGCAGGAGAAAUGGGGCUGGUCAACUCAGGAGGCUCAGGCGUUGAGUAUUGAGAUCCCUUGGCAGUUCAAAUCAAAGGGUCAGUUGGAUGAAGAGAUUCCCUCCGUGACGACUGUUCUCAUCCAGUUGGGCCUUAUACCGAAACGAAUAGCCCACCUGCCCUUAUUCGACUUUGAUGAUAUGGAGGAAACAUUGGACCACGGUGGAUAUCCGUCAUCAUGUGCAUGGUCACCACCGCCUGUCUCCGAACUAGAAUAUUUUCUGGGUGGAUAUGACUUCUGGGGCCAAAGCGUCGAGCAAGCUCUAAUACGAGUAUCAAAAUCUGCAAUCCGAUGGGAAUUUAUGACCGACCGUUCUCCGAUGCCCAAUCGCCUGUUACACCCGGCGGUAACUUUCCGGAUGGAUGGACCCGAGCGACCUCUAUUCCAAGGAAUGGGCCUAUUCAUCUGGGACGAAUGGCGUAUGUGCGCAGUUGGUCUUAUUUGCCCUCGUCCCUCCCAAAGGGAAUCGGGCCUUCCGCGUGGACCGGAUGGAAAACCGAUUGAUCUAACGCCGUUUUUGGAAGACUUCUAUUCAUGGAACGAAAAGGUCAUUUACGAACGCUGGUGGUCUUUGCUAGGGCAGUAUCCGGAUUUGUUGGAUUUUGUCCCGCGAGACUCUUCAAAAGAUCAUUCAUUUCCUUGCAAGAAUUGGAUGUCUAAUCGAGAGCAGCGGCUCGCUGCUAGUCCCAGCGAAAGUCGAGGUUUGAUCCCUUUAUUUAUCACUCGAUUGGCAGAGUCAUCGGGCUAUGAAGAUGAGACCUACGACUCGGACGACAACUUUCAUGACAUCUAG